UUACAUUGAUUAUAUUAUCUGGUCUAGACGCGUGGUUAAUCACAUUGUUCGGUCACUGCGAUUCUUGAAAUGGCUGCAAUCUUCAUACGUCGAUAAGCUCGAUGAUGUCUCUUCUCAAAGUAUUGCCUCCUACCGCUUCAACAACACGACACUUAGCUUCAUAACAAGCCAUAUGCGCUAGCGUCAUGACAUGUACAUAUACCCCUGAAUUUAUAUAGUUUGAAUUUUUCUAGGCUAAAAUAAGCAUUUAUCGUGUAAAUGCCAGUGGCCAAAUAUGAUAAAUAGAAGGCUCUAGGUAAGAGUAUCAGAACUGAAUAUUGAAGGAUUACAUUGGUUAGAUUUUUAAAGUGAAAUCCGAGAAAAUAGUAUAAGAUUGCUCAGUUUGUGCCUAUUAUAUUUUGUUCUGAUCCAAUGUAAUCUCAUUUAAAUAAAACGAAUUAAGAUGCAAAAAAAUCCGAGAAAACAAGAAAGUUGUCUACAUGCGUUACAUCACAUGGACUACAAAUCCUAUAUGAUUCCGCAAAUCUAUCUAUCCUCCAGAGGGUAGAGCUACGACGACAUGGAUGUUAGCAGGGCCGCUAAUCAUAUGAGGCCCAAACAAGUCGAAAACGUCGCCGUCUCAACGAAUCAGGUUUAUUUAAAUUACUACGAGUGCAUAGCGCAAGCAUGUCACUUGAGAAAGAGACUAUUAAAAACAACAAAAACAAUUGAAAAUGGGAUUAAACUGUUUAUAUUCUUUUAUGCUAAAAACAUUUUUAAAUCACUUAUUUUGUUUGGAUUAAAAUUGUGAAAAGACAAGAUUCUGAGCAUAUUAUUGCAAAUCAAAGACUUUUAAUUGCCGCCGAUCAUCUCACUACUUCGCCGGUCUGCCGGAGUUUUUCUCGCGCUCUCUCUCCGGUGAUCGCGAUGGCGGUGUUUCCUAUCGGCUCUCACUUCGCGCCGCCGCACAAAUUGACGAAGAGACACGCCGUCGUGACUUCAUCCCGUCUCUGUCUCUCGACCAGGUUGCCGCAAAGUGUCUCCUUUUCGAAAGUAUCAAGCUCGAGGUUGUGCAGACACAGUGUUCUCGUUAGAGCUGAGGACAAGACAAGGAACUCUUCUUCACCUUCUCUCGAAGAACAGUCGCAACCAAUAGAUGAGUCAAAGCUUGAGGAUUUGAUGGACUCAUGUGACCCUAUUUGCUCGGUUGAUGAACCUAGUUCGACCUACUUUGAAGCUAAUUAUCAACCAAAGACAGAUGUAGUUAAAGCUAUAGCUGUUAUUGCAGCAGCUCUUACAGGAACAGCUGCCAUUAAUCAUUCCUGGGUCGCUGCUAAUCAGGAUGUUGCUAUGGCACUGUUGUUUGGAAUAGGAUACGCAGGGAUCAUCUUCGAAGAGUCUUUAGCUUUUAAUAAAAGUGGAAUUGGACUUGUGAUGGCUGUGAGUCUCUGGGUUGUGCGGAGCAUAGGGGCUCCUUCAGCUGAAGUAGUUGUUUCAGAGCUUCAACAUGCAACAGCUGAGGUAAGUGAGAUUGUGUUUUUCUUGCUCGGAGCAAUGACUAUUGUGGAGAUAGUUGAUGCUCACCAAGGAUUUAAGCUUGUUACAGACAAUAUCACCACUCGUAAGCCAAAGACGCUUUUAUGGGUGGUUGGCUUUGUGACUUUCUUCCUCAGUUCGAUUCUAGACAAUCUGACCUCUACCAUUGUCAUGGUUUCUUUACUCAGGAAACUGGUUCCUCAAUCAGAGUACCGCAAACUUCUAGGAGCUGUUGUGGUAAUAGCAGCAAAUGCAGGAGGAGCAUGGAGUCCAAUAGGUGAUGUUACUACAACUAUGCUAUGGAUUCACGGUCAGAUAUCCACCUUGCCGACUAUUCAGGGCCUUUUUAUACCUUCGGCCAUUUCUCUCGCUGUUCCACUAGCCCUCAUGUCCUUGUCCAGUGAGGUAAAUGAAAAAGGACAGGAUACAUCAGAUGUAAUGGCUUCUGAAAAGAUGGCUCCAAGAGGACAGCUAGUUUUUGGAGUUGGCCUUGGGGCGUUGGUUUUUGUUCCGGUCUUUAAGUCUCUAACUGGACUACCUCCUUACAUGGGUAUCUUGUUGGGACUUGGAGUUCUAUGGAUCUUGACGGACGCCAUCCAUUACGGCGAAUCCGAAAGACAAAAGCUCAAAGUACCUCAGGCCUUGUCACGAAUCGACACACAAGGCGCUCUGUUCUUCCUCGGCAUUCUAUUAUCCGUUAGCAGCCUUGAGGCAGCUGGGAUCCUCCGGGAGAUUGCAACCUACCUUGAUGCUAAUAUACCUAAUGUUGAGCUAAUCGCAAGUGCAAUCGGUGUUGUGUCAGCAAUCAUAGACAAUGUUCCAUUGGUUGCAGCGACUAUGGGGAUGUAUGAUCUCACAUCAUUCCCUCAAGAUUCUGAGUUUUGGCAGCUCGUUGCCUUCUGCGCCGGAACUGGCGGUUCAAUGCUAAUCAUUGGUUCUGCUGCUGGUGUAGCCUUCAUGGGCAUGGAGAAAGUCGAUUUCUUUUGGUACUUCCGAAAGGUCAGUGGUUAUGCUUUUGCUGGUUAUGCUGCUGGUAUCGCCGCUUAUCUAGCAGUUCAAAGUCUUCAUUUUUCGAUCCCAACAACGGUGGCUCAGAUCCCAUUUCUCACUGGCUCGUAAGCUGCAUCAAUCUCUAUGUUUAUCUUCUAUACAAAAAGAAACAGGAUAAAGGCUGUCUGGCUGCAUAAUAACACAUCACUAAACCAAUCUAUGUAAAUUGUUUCAUAUACACACUCGAUUGUAUGAUUAGUACAGAAUGAAUCAUCCAAUAAUCCAAUAAGAUUAUAUCCAUUUGGAGU